GCCCCUUGCAGAGUACGGACGGCGACCCGUAGUUAUGUCCUUGCCUCUGAUUUGGCUCUGGACGUUGUGCCACGAACUGGAGCCUUGACGUGAGCGUUGCAUGUUGGGAGUUGUAGUCCAAUCGUCGGCGCAGCGCAGGCGAUCCACUGCGCGGGAGACUACAUUACCCGGCGGGCCGUGCGCUGCAGCCCGGCAGGGAGGAGGGGGGGUGAGGGAGAAAAAUUCCUUCCCUGGAUGCUCGUCAAGAUGGCGACUUGUGGACGGAGGCGCGGUGUCACAGGGAUUAGGGAAAGGGCGCCACUAAAUUCAACAGACUGCUACAUUGUCCGUGAAAUUUACAAUGGAGAGAAUGCACAGGAGCAAUUUGAAUAUGAGCUGGAGCAAGCCCUGGAGACCCAAUACAAGUAUAUUAUUAUUGAGCCUACCCGCAUUGGAGAUGAGACAGCACGGUGGAUCACAGUUGGGAAUUGCUUGCACAAAACGUCUGUUAUUGCGGGAUCUGUCUGCCUGUUAACCCCAAUAGCACUGGCUUCGGAAUACACCCGCUACGUAACCCUGCCUAUUGGGGCCAUCAGUGUGGCCUGUGCAGCGCUCUAUGGCAUUUCUUGGCAAUUUGAUCCCUGUUGCAAGUACCAAGUGGAAUAUGACACCUGCAAACUCUCCCAGUUACCCCUGAAUACACUUACGUCAUCCACGCCCGUGGUUCUGGUUAGAAAAGAUGAUAUUUACAGGAAAAGACUCCAUAACACAAUAGCACUGGCGGCCUUGAUGUACUGCGUUAAGAAAAUCUGUGAGAUCUGUGCAGUAUGAUUGGGACAAAUGGAACAGUUGCAUACUGUUACAUAUAACAUUGUGGUCAGUGGAGACUACAGGAGCAAGGUCUCCAAUAGAUUUUCAGAAGUAUCUCCCUUUGUGCACUGAUACUUCCAGUCCACAUGAUAAUUCUUGCCCACCCCAAUGAUUUUGAUCCUCUGUUAAAAGACCAGUAUAUACUUGACAUUUGUAUGAGAAAUCCAAUAUAUGCAGAACUACUGAUAUGUUUCAGGUGAUGAGUAGGCAACUGAUCCUCUCAAUUACUUUCAUAUUCCAUGCAAUUCCAAAACAUAGAAUUAUCUGGCUUGAAUGAAGUAUUUUGAGUUGCAUUCAUGACAUCUUGCAGCAUAGAAUUUCCAGACAGGUCCUGAUUAUCAGUCAAACAUUUAUAUUUCAAAAUUUUAGUAGUGGCUUUUUCCAUUUGUGGUACAGGAACUUUAUUGGGAUUGUAAAGUAAAAUAUGACCUUCAGAUAUAAUCCUUUGGUGAUGGAAUGCAGCACUUGAAAUUAAUUUAAUCUGAUAUUGCUACAGUUUCAUUAUUAAAGGAGGGACAAGUAGGUUUGCAACUGAAAUUGUCACUAGAAAUUGCAGUUGAAAAGGCAAUAGAAUGAAUUUAAUUUGCAAAUCUACAGUGACUUGGCUCGUGUGAAUUUACCUGUCGUUUGCCUUUCAAAAUAAUUGGAUCACUGCCAUAUAUUCAGGUGUGUUUAAAAAAAAUUUAAAUGGUCAUAGAAAAACCCCUUAUGUUCAAAAGUGGGAUUUUAAUUUUGCCAGUUCACUCAGUGUUUUUCUUUGUUUUUGUAGAAAAUGGUCCCUGCUUUCUUCACAAACAAAAUUCCAUUUUGCUGCCACUAUUCCCGACCUCUGCUAUAGUUGGAAUCCAUUGGCAUUAGAAUCUCAUUAAACAAUAUUGAGUUGGCAUGACAUGUUGUUUGAGUUCCAAAUUGUAUCCAAGGAAGCUUUGAAGUAAAAACUUGGUCUGCAGUGCACAUAUUACCUGCUACUAGUUUCCCUGCAAACAAGUUGUAUUGUAAUGGACAGACUUUUUGUUAAAUAUGGCAAUAAAAGGGAACAUUUUGGAUACAAUCACAAUUUUGCCAAAAUUCCUAACUUUGACUUUGGUGAUAUUUCCAGUCUGACUCAUUGGUCAGUAUUUACUGCAUGUUUGAGUAUUUUAUUUUCAUUCUUCAUGGUAUUAUUACAUGGGAAGCAACAUUGAAUUAUGAAGAUACAAUGUGGAGGAUUGGAGAGGCCCUUGAUUGGUUUUGGGAUGUACUAACAUUUUAGGAUUACAAUGCAGUUAAACAAAUUUACACUUAUUUUCCUUGGCUUGCAUUGUGGAAAUGGUAUUUAUAUGAUGCAGUGAUGAACUUUGUGUGUAUGGUGGGGCAAAGAGUGGGUUUAUGAACAUGACACACUUCAGGCAUAAGGAUGUUGGGAAUGUUAUGCAAAUUAUAUUUUAAGAAAAGGUAAUUUUUUUGAAAACUUUAUAGAUAACUUGUAUCUUGGACAUUCUUAGACAAUCCAAUAAAGAAUGAAAAAUGACGUUGAAAGUGAUAAAUGAUGUGUAAAUGACAUAGUUAACAUUCAGUUCCAGAGGAGAGGUUUGUACUGGUUAAUGUGGAGCUUCCGUGAAAUACAAUAGCUUGAACUUUCGAUGUACUUGAUGGUAGCUGGCAUUGUGCUGGUGAAUAUAUGAAAAAGAGUUCAUUUCACCUUCCUAUAUUGCUGUGAAUCCACUUCUGCUCAGGAAAGUAGCAUUUUAUGCUGAGCAGGUAUUUCAGUGUUGGCUUAGUUUACAUUUUCCCAACAAAUGAGUCAAAAAUUUUCUUAACGCAUAUGUCAAAUGCAGUCUGCAAUGCUUGACACUGAAUUGCAAAAGUUGAUGCAACAGAUUAUUUUGAUGUAUCAAGUUUGAAGAGGCAUAUUCUACCGCAGUGGUAGUCACAGUUAUGUAACUGUGGAAUCGUGCCCACAAUUGCCAUUUAAUCAAAAGAUCCACAACAUUAUGCACUCUGCCUUGUGCAACACACACAUAGCCAAAUUGCCUCAUUUUCAGUGCAAUAAAAACUAAAUUUAGCCAACUUAUUUAUCACAGAUAUUUCAUUACCUGGCUGUCAGUUUGAUAAAAUGACUCUCUCUCUAAGACACAAGCUCAAUGAAGUUGGAUUCCAUGCUUGAAACAAUAAUUCAAAGGCAUUCUUGUGUGUUGGAGAGUAAUCUGCAAUAGCCCAAUUCAAACAACCUAAUUGUUGCAUAUUAAGCAGAUACAUUUUCCUCCAACUUUGACUAAAAAGAAAUUGUGUUCCCAUCCCUCUCUUGAAAGAUAUGUAUUUAUCUUCACACUUCCAUUUCUUUGUUGCUCUCACCAUUGCUUCAUCGGGCACCCACAGCAGGACAUGCUAACAUCCACAAGAGGAAUGCACAUGAUUGUUCAAAGAAUUCUAAUUAAAUUUGAACUGGUAUCCUGAAGCAACGUUUACUUGAAAAAAAGUAUAAUUGCUAUACUGUAGCAUUAUACAAUUCCAUAAUUAAAUGCUGAAAUUAGAGGUGCUGAAGAGCUGCAUGCGGCUUGAGAGCUGUUCUGUAGAAAUUGACAUCAUUCCAUUGCAAAGAGACCUUGGGUUAGCCUGUGCAGCAACACUGUAAUCUGACAACCUUAAGAAUGCCACAAUCAUUUCAUUUCCCACUCACCACACUCCUGCCCCCUCGCUUCACCUGCCUCUCCCUGAUUUCUCUAUGAAAAUUUCCUCUGGCAUAAAUCUAAAUAGUAAAUUACUCUUCCCUUCCAUAAUGGCUCUUUUAUAUAAAACAUCAUGUGAAUUAAAUUGUACAUUGCUUUGUCUUAAGGACAAUGUGACCAUUUUGAACUAUAGCACAAGCUAAAGUGACGUUAAACAUCUUUAUACCAUUUCAACAGAAUAUGCUUCUCUUACAGAUCUUGUCAGUUUCAUUUUCUUCCAUAAUAAAUGCAGAAAACACUCAGCAGGUCAGGCAGCAACUGUGGGAAGAGAAACAGUUAAUGUUUCAGGUCUGAGAUGGUAACUCUUUCUCUUGCCACAGAUAUUGCCUGACCUGUGUGUUUCCAGCAUAUUCUGUUUUGAAUUUAGGUUUCCAGCAUCUACAGUUUUUUUUGAAUUUUCAUCUUCUUUCAGAUGAAUUCUCUAUCACCCUUCUUUCCCCCCACCCCCACCCCCACCCCAGUUCUCCUGCUCACCCAACCAAUAUUAUUUCAAUAAUAAUUUCAGGUGUUCAACAUUAAGGUAAUCAGCUUUUUGUGUUUUUAUUUGUAUCUUGAACAGGAAAGUGUGCAUUCAUUGUUCAUCAGACAAUGAAAGCAUUAUUAGUCAGCUGCCACAGAAUACAUUUUAAGUGUAAAUUUAAAUGUAGGAGUUGCAUGAAUUGUAUCUGAUCGUUGGCAGAAGUAAGGGAUGGGUAUGUUGACAGCUCAGUGUUUCCCACAUCAAAACACUUCCCAUAAAUACUUCCGUUCAUAUUCAGAGUAUUUUUAUUUCCUUUGGAAAACAUUUCGAUUUGAAAACAAAAGUUAGUGGUAUUGAUUUCAAAUCAGUUGCUCAUUCAAGGGGCUGAUGUCUUUAUGAUAAAAGCUCAUGACAAAUGUCUUUCAGGAUACAAUGAUGUGACCUUGGAUUGACGCACAUCAUUACGGUUUGUGCGUGCCAUCAUGGUGAAAAUGAUUUAUGGCUCCUUUGUCGCCUGAGGAAGUAUGAAAUGACUGUGCCCCAUGGGCAAUUUCAUAUUCUUUCCUAUGUUCUGAAAUACUAUUUUGGUAUUUUGUUAAAGUGUGCGUCUGCCAAAUUAGUAGAUUAAAUAGGCAUGUUAAGAAUUGCAUUUCUUAGUGUUAAAUGGUUUGAAUUACAUACUGUAAAUAAACUUGUUAGUGAGCAAAUCAAAUGUGUUGCUGUCAAAAGAAGGCAAAUUUGUUUUUGUCCUAUUGCAAUACAAGCACAGUUUUUAAGAUUUAGUACACAGUUAAUGCACAUGGGUGAUAUCCAUGAUUGACAUUAGGGUCCUUCGAGGAUCAUUGAUUUGCAAAGAAUUAGGGCAGCACCAACUUACAGAUAACUUCAGACUGUGGCAUUAUUGUUACCUAAUCCCAAAGAUGUAUUUCAAGUUACUGAAUACAUUGAUAAAUUACCAGGCAGAAAAUGGCUGGCUCCUUUUAGGUAGUCCCUUUGGAUUGAGGGUGACUUGCUUCCUCUGCAAUCCAGUCAGUUCUAAGGUUGGUGAUGAAGCCAUGGGUUGGACAGGCAGUACUUGAAGUGGCAGGUGGGUUGGUAAUAUGCAAAAUGGCACACUCCUUCCACUGUUUUUUCUGGACUUCUGUGCACUACUGACAGAGAUGCUCAGGACUUCUGUGUCUUCCUGGAUGUUUGUGCCAUAUUGAGUCAUGAUAGGCCAGUGAUUCUCAACAUACAGUAUGUAUGUUGCACUUUCAAGGAGGCUUUAAGAAUAUUCUUGAAUCAUUAUCUCCAUCCAGGAGCUUUGAGUGUUUGUGUUGGGAGAAUGGAGUCAAGCAUAGAAUGAUACAGUCUGCCCAUUGGAUAUCCACUUAGUGCUGGGGAUGUUGGCCUGGGAGAACAUGUUGACGUUGGUUCAAUUAUCCUGCUAGUGGAUUUGGAGGAUUUUGCUGAGAUAGUCGUGCUACAUCUCCCCUACUUGGAGGUGUCUGUGUUUCAGAUGUGUGUGAGCAGGGGUGGGGUUGAAAGAGCAAAUCACAGCUCUCCAGUCGACAGUGGACUGGGUUUCAAGUCUUGAUCUUUGCUUUUUUCCUUAAAUGGCCAAAGGCUGUGUGGGUGUUCUUGAAGGUGAAUAUUAAUUGCAUUGGUCUAGCUUUAUUGAGAGGUGGCUCCUAAGAUAUGGGAAUGCUCAGUUUCCUGGAUCUCAUCAUGGACCUUCUAUUAUGGAGUGCUAUUGUGAAUUAAGGCACAUUGUUAGAGGGCUUUGUAGCAAUUGUGUUAAUCCCAGUCAUGGCCCAAUCCUGUAACAAUGUGGACCUUGUAGAUAGACUGGGAACAGCACGUUUCCACGUUCCUAUUAAUGUGCCAAACGCAGUGCAUUUUCCAAAGCACCAAGGCCACAAUAAGAAACUUAUGUGUACUACUUUGGCUGAAUUUCAAGGCAGGGUAAACGGCUGGGCAUUCUGACCUAUUUUAUUAACCCUGUACUAAAUUUGCUGAGUGAAUGCAAUCUGAGUUGAUCAGACUACAGAUCAAUGAAUGUGAAAAACCAUUCUGAGAAUUUACAGAUUCUGUGACAUCUUUUUCUAUAUAGCAUUAACUACAGUGUUUUGGGUCCUUUUGAAAGCUUUAAUAAUAAUUUUUAAAUAAUUGCAGAAGAGUAAAGCUUGGAUAUAGUCAACCACAAUCAGCAACCAUACCUGAUGGUCUCCAAUUCAAGGUGAUUUUGAAAUCAUUCUAUCCCUAUCCACUCACUACUAUUAAUGCAGCACUUGAUAAAAUAGCUCUUCACAUUCUUGUAUCAUCAAACAUUGAAUAUGAGCACAAGUUGUCCUAUGCUGAUCAAAUUCCUUUACAAGCUGACACUGUGGCAUAUCAGUAAUAUUGCCAAUUAGCACUAAACAAUAGAUUUGCAUCUGCCUUUCCCUUUUUGAUUGGGAAGUUUUGCAGUCACUGCUCUUUAAUUUUAAUAUGUGGUUAAUUGAUAGAUUGGUGUUGUGAACCUUGUAAACAUUUCUUGCCUUGAACCAAGUAAACCCUUUUUGCCCUCCUGCUGAAAUAAAUCAUUGGCUGUAUGAUACAACAGGGGAUCCUUCAGUGAGAUCUACAUAAUGGCACUAUGGUGUUUUUCAAAUAGUUACUGAGUUGGCAAAUAAUGAGAUAUCUUUUGGGACCACCACAACUUUUGUAAGAUGAACAAUGCCCCCCCUUCUGAAACUGAACCUCUUACAAAAUGUUCACUUUGUGUAAUCUACAAAAAUGUAAAAUGAAAUCACUUUCUCCCUAUUCUAUGAUGCCUUGUAAGUGUACAGAUUCCUAUGUGCUGCCAUAUUCAUCAAGAAGAAAAAACAAAGUACUGGAAAUUACUAAAGUAUAAUCAGAAUAUUGAAAUGGUUGCAGCCCAAAACAUGAAUAUGCUUUUAAUGCUGAUGGACAGUAGGUAUUUUCAGCUGCAUUCUCCAGCUUGUAACUUUGAUCCUUUAAAAAUGUUCCAGAGGACCACCUUUUUUUUUCCUUUGCAUUCUUUUUACAAGAUAGUAAUGAGUUGAUUUCUCAGCUAUUGAUUUAUAAAAUGAUAAAUAUGUAAACUAUGACAGAAAUUAACUGGGAAGAAAGAAACAAAUGUGUUGUACAUGCAAUCCACACAAACACACUUGCUGGUUUUGUAAUGUGGUGUCCCUUUUUUAUAGCUGAGAUUGACUGACUAAGCAGAAACUUGCUACAAAGGACCUAAUCUGAACACAUCAGCUACUCACUGGGUAAACUUUGAGCUACUGAGCCCUUCAUAAAAU